AUGGCUAUUAAUCCCGCGGUCCUGUACAAUGGCAUUCCACGACUCGCCGAGGCCAUUGUGAAAUCGCUGGACCCUACUGUCCCCAAUAUGCGAGAGAGUUUGCUUCCCGUUGGUACAUCGGUAUUAUUGGAUCUUGUACAAUCGUACCCACAACUGGAUGUCCAUGUUGGUUCUCAAAAGCUAGCAGUCGGAACUGCGGAGGGCGCCAUCGUUGUCUACGACCUUCAGACUGCGACUCGGUGGCAAAUCUUGGAAGGCCAUACCAAUACUGCAUCCGCAGUAGCAUUUUCUCGGGACGGAAAGACAAUUGUCUCUUGUUCAGUCAAAGAGGGCAGUGUUCGGUUCUGGCAGCCUAACCCUGGCUUCUUUGGGAUGCUUAUGGGUGGGAGCAGUCUUUGGGGCCCAAAAUCUAGUUCGUCCGGCGGUGGCGGAGGAGGAACUGGUCAUCCAGGAAGUAUUCCGUCGCUAUCGUCUCAACAAUCGAGCAGGUCGUUUGAUUUUGCCCUGCAAGACUCCAUCGUUACAGGUAACAGCCCGGAUGAACGUCAAUGCCUUUGA